GGGCCCGGAAGGAGUUGACGGGAGCUGGGGCAGCGGCAGCCAUCGCGCUUAGCUGUUGGGUUUCGGAGGGUGUAGGGCUGACGCCAAUUAAGGAAUCGCGUUCUCUCCAAUCGCAGACCCUGUAAGAUUUGGAUAUGUCCUUCAUAUUUGACUGGAUUUAUAGUGGUUUCAGCAGUGUGCUACAGUUUUUAGGAUUAUAUAAGAAAACUGGUAAAUUGGUAUUUCUUGGAUUGGAUAAUGCAGGAAAAACAACAUUGCUACACAUGCUAAAAGAUGACAGACUUGGACAACAUGUCCCAACGUUACAUCCCACUUCAGAAGAACUAACCAUUGCUGGCAUGACCUUUACAACGUUUGAUCUGGGAGGGCAUGUUCAAGCUCGAAGAGUAUGGAAAAACUACCUUCCUGCUAUCAAUGGCAUUGUAUUUCUGGUGGAUUGUGCAGACCAUGAGAGGCUGUUAGAAUCAAAAGAAGAACUUGAUUCACUAAUGACAGAUGAAACCAUUGCUAAUGUGCCUAUACUGAUUUUUGGGAAUAAGAUCGACAGACCUGAAGCCAUCAGUGAAGAGAGAUUACGAGAGAUGUUUGGUUUAUAUGGUCAGACAACAGGAAAGGGCAAUGUAUCUCUGAAAGAACUGAAUGCCCGGCCACUGGAAGUUUUUAUGUGCAGUGUGCUCAAAAGGCAAGGUUAUGGAGAAGGCUUCCGCUGGAUGGCUCAGUACAUUGACUAACACCACCAACCUGCCUCAGGUCCAGGUCUUGCCAUUCAGGCCUACUCAGAGAUUUGAUUGUUGAACAUGCAUAACUUGAAUUCAAUAGACUUUUGUUGGUUAGAAAACAGAUAUUUUUUAGAUUAUUAAUACUAUAUCGACUUAAUUUGAGUGACAAUUGAAAACUGAUUCAAGUAAGUUUGAAUAUCACAAUGUUAGCUUUCUAAUUCCAUGAAGAUAAUUAGUUUUUACCGUUUGUAAUCUGACAUGACCCCCAGCGCCAUUUAUAAACAGCAACUUUUCAGCAGUACAUUUGAAGCACUUUUUAACAAUAUGAAACUACAAAUAUAAACUAUAAUUAAAAGCUCAUCAUGUUAAAUUUUUUAUGUACUUUUGGAACUAGUUUUUAAAUUUUAGAUUAUAUCUCCACCUAUCUUAAGUAUACAGUUAAUAAUUAGCUUAUUGAUGAUUGCAUGAUGCCUUACAGGUUUCAAUAAUAUUUUUUCUUAUGCAAACGUCAUGCAAUAAAAUAGACCCGUAUGUUUGGCAUCUUUGUUGGACAAAUGUUUCAUUUUAAUGUGUCUUAUCUAGCUAGUAUGCUCUGAAAUGGAAUAUUUAUAUUAUACACAUGAGGUGGUUGUUGGGAAAGGAGAUUGCUUCAGAAUAUUUAGAAUAAUGUUUCAGUUCCUAGAGACUUUUGCAUUUACCAGGAGACAAGUUGUGUUUGAUUGUACUUUAUACCACUUUAUCUCUGAAUCCUGUGCAUUUUAAUCAGGAACACUACCAUUCCCAGUGUUGAUAGGGUCCGUGUCCUAGUCCCUAUGGGAUUGGCCUUCUAAAGAAAAGCACAUCUUCUGGUACACCACAGGUUGGUUUUUGGUUUGCUAGGCCCCUAUAGGUCCAUUCCAGUUGUCUAAUUCUCAAGUGCUCCAAUCUUAUUGAUGCCUGGUUUGGUAAUCUGUGCCUGGUCACCAAACGUAGUGACAGGCACCAGCCUCCCCGCAUUUAGAGGUACUCCCCAGGCUCUUGAUACGUAAUGGCACUUCCCAGAGCAAGUGACAAAUAGGGUCUUGUGCAGUUCAUUGCAGGGACCCGUGAAUCUGUGGGAAAAGAAAGCCCGUUCUGCUCCAGUUGUCAUUGAAAUUGUGGAGAUAUUGCUCCUGUCCCAGAGCUCUUUUGCAUUCUUUGUCAUAUUUUAUUUCUUGGAAAGAAAGUGUAUGCUUUUUUUCUUUUCCUUAGUUGCUCUCAGCCAGCUGUUACAUUACAGCAUAAAGGCUUUUACUUUUAGAUGUAAUACUUGCCAUGUGAUAGUGUCCGCAAACCUCACUGAUAAACUCACUAACAAAAUUUUGGUUAGUUUUUAAAAACAUUUUAAUUUCCUAAGACAUUGAGUGUUUUUUUUUUUCCAUUUGAGGUUCCACUAAUUAGUAAAAUAAGAUGAAAGAUUAAGUGCCAAAUACAUAUAUUUAAAGACUCUCAAGCUUAAGAUUUCUCUCUUGGUUAUAAACCGAGAUUUUAUAGUAUAUUUAACCAAUUCCAUUGAAAAUAGAUUGCUCUGGCUCCAUCAAGAAUAAUUUAAAUAUUAAAAUUAGUGUUUUCUCUAGCUGUUGUCCAAAUCAGUCACCACAGCCUGUCAUCGGUAAUGUUAACACAUGAGGCAGGUAAGGAUGAGGAGUAUGACUGGAAGGAACUACCAGUGAGCUAAGCCAACAAGGCCAUUUCUUCACAUAACAUUGGGUUUUAGUGAUUUGGCUGUUCUAUUUCACUUUCAGCUUCCUUCCAAAUGAAAAUAAAAGCUUCUUCCCUGCUUAGAAACAUCAGUAGUACCAUGGGAAAAGUAGAAAAUAACAUUUCUGCCUGUUGGUUUAUUUUGCCAGCUGUUUAAAGUCCUCACUUCUGACGGCAUGACUAACAGAACUAAGCCUUAUUAAAAGUAACUGCCUCUUGUU